AUGCAUACCACCCUCUUGCUGGCCAGUCUCGGCCUGGCUACCCUCUCUUCUGCCGGCUGUCCCUUUGCAGACCCCUCUAAUAUCAAAGCUCGAACCGAAGACGGCUCUCGCGGCCAUAUUUCCGGCUACGAGAUCGACGACUCUACGGGCGAUCCAUACCUCACAUCCGACGUCGGCGGCCCAAUCGAGGACCAAGUCAGCUUGAAGGCCGGCGUGCGUGGCUCGACCCUGCUCGAGGAUUUCAUCUUUCGCCAAAAGAUUACACAUUUCGACCACGAGAGGGUACCCGAACGGGCUGUUCACGCCCGCGGCGCCGGUGCCUACGGAACCUUUACGAGCUAUGGCGACUACAGCAACCUCACGGCCGCUUCCUUCUUGGGCGCGACGGGAAAGCAGACAUCGACGUUUGUGCGGUUCUCCACCGUUGCUGGGUCAAGAGGAAGUGCGGACACUGCCAGAGAUGUCCAUGGCUUCGCCACUCGGUUCUUCACCGACGAGGGCAACUUUGAUAUUGUGGGAAACAAUAUUCCGGUGUUCUUCAUCCAAGACGCGAUUCAGUUCCCAGACUUGAUUCAUGCAGUAAAACCUCGCGGGGACAAUGAGAUUCCGCAAGCUGCGACAGCUCAUGAUUCUGCAUGGGACUUCUUCAGCUCUCAAACGACAACUCUUCACACCUUGUUCUGGGCUAUGGCUGGCUACGGUAUCCCGAGAAGUUACCGACACAUGGAUGGCUUCGGUGUGCACACUUUCCGCGCGGUCACGGAUGACGGCAAGUCAAAGCUUAUCAAGUGGCACUGGAAGACACAACAGGGCAAGGCCAGCUUGGUCUGGGAGGAAGCGCAGAUCGUUUCGGGCAAGAACGCCGACUAUCACCGCCAGGACCUCUGGGAUGCGAUUGAAUCUGGAAACGGACCUGAGUGGGAGCUUUGCGUACAGGUUGUCGACGAGGAGGAUACCCUAAAGUUUGGAUUUGACCUCUUGGACCCAACAAAGAUCAUUCCCGAGGAGAUUGCGCCCCUCCAAAAGCUCGGCAAGAUGAAGCUGGAUGCCAACCCGGUCAACUACUUUGCCGAGACCGAACAGAUCAUGUUCCAACCCGGACACAUUGUCAGAGGCAUCGACUUCACAGAGGACCCUCUCCUGCAGGGCCGCAUCUUUUCCUAUCUCGAUACUCAGAUCAACCGCCACGGCGGUCCCAACUUUGAACAGCUACCGAUCAACCGUCCAAUCGGCCCCAUUCACAACAACAACCGGGACGGUGCUGGCCAAAACUUCAUCCACCGCAACCGCAACUCCUACACCCCGAACACUCUCAACAAGGGCUUCCCAAAGCAAGCCAACCAGACUCAGGGCAACGGCUUCUUCACCGCACCUGGCCGCACCAACAAUGGCCACCUGGUCCGCGAAAUCUCCGACAGCUUCUCGGAUCACUGGUCUCAGCCGCGUCUCUUCUACAACUCCCUGACCCCUAUCGAGCAGCAGUUCCUCAUCAACGCCAUUCGUUUUGAAACCAGCCACCUUGAAUCCACCGAGGUCAAGCAAAACGUUCUCACACAGCUGAACAAGAUCAGCAACGACAUUGCCAACCGUGUCGCCGAUGCACUAGGCAUGGAACAUCUGCAGCCCGAUGCGCAGUACUACCACAACAAGACUACUCAGGGGCUAUCCAUAUUUGGAAACAAGCUGCCCUCGAUCGCGACUCUGAAGGUCGGUGUCCUUGCCAGCCUAUCAGCUAAUGGCUCCGUAAGCCAAGGCAAGGAGUUGAAGGAUGCUUUCGCCGCUGACGGUGUCUUGGUGACUGUCAUCGCCGAGAAGCUGACUGACGGCGUCGACAUGACUUACGCCCAGGCUGAUGCCACGUCAUUCGACGGUGUCAUUGUGGCCCGUAAUGCUGACGGUCUCUUUAAUGGCAACAUCAAGCCGUCUCCGUUGUAUCCAGCCGGUAGGCCUGCACAGCUUGUCAUCGACUCUUACAGGUGGGGAAAGCCGGUGGGCAGCGUUAGUUCGGCUCUCACCAAGUCGGCAACGCUGGGUGUCAAGGCUGGCGAGGGCGUGUACUCUGCUGCAGAUGUUAACACUGUCGUGAACAGCUUCAAGGAGGGCUUGGCGACAUUUAGAUUCACUGGCCGUUUCGCAACGGACUAGGACUGCGUUGUGUCAGCGCGAUGAUUUUAUUCUUGUCUAUAGUUUUAAGCCCACUGGCUUAUCCGGGCUGCGGCAAAGUAAGGCUUCUUAGAUAUCAAUACGACAUGAUUACUCCC